GCAGUCCGUCUCCGGCACUUCCACUUCCAUUCCAUCCAUCUAUUUUUCUCGUAUUGGUGUAUUGGUGAUAGGAUUAGGAUCACGAUAGGAUUGCAGCCGUUCUGUUUGUAAUUAUAUUUACAUCUUAACGAAAACAUGAGUGUUAAAAGACCAGUGUCUUGGUUUUUGACCGAAUCGGGGCGCAAGUUUACUUUUGCUUUGGUUACCGGUACUGGCUUUGCGUUUACAGCAGCGAAGUUCACUCCUCAUACGUUGCUUCUUGAUAAAUACAAAGAAUUCGUUCACUAUUAUCAGAAUAGUCAGCCAGUAAAUCUGUCCGAAGAACUUGAAGAUCGUUGCAAGAGUUGUUUGGAUAUACUUAAGGUGCCUGAAGUACACAGAAAACUCAUAACACCUUUUAGUGUUUUUGGUUAUGACUUGUUUCAUGCAGGUAGUACAAAUUCAAAAUAUGGAGUUGCUAUCGGUAUCCCAGUCAACUUUAGUUAUAAAUCACUUGAAGAUAUUGAAAAGGAUAGCAUUCAGGUCAAUCUAAAAAAUGUAGACUGGACUACAGAAGCUGGUAAAAAGUUAGCAGAUGCACUGAUAUUGCCAGAAAAAGUACAGCAGUUUGCAAUUUGUAGAGAGAUUAUGAUGACUCAGAACAACAAGUUUUUAUAUGAAUCUGCUUAUCCAUUUGCAUGUUUAUUUCUGGCAUAUAAUGUUUCUCAAUUCAUAAAUACGAAAUUAAAUUUAUACAUUGCUCCACUUUCUAUGAGGUUGACUUUGUAUUCAAUAGUAGGAUUAUUUAGUAUGGGCACUUAUUUUCUUAUGAAAGAUAUGACUGAAGUUCACUAUGAAACUUCAGUUGAUAAGAAAUUGUGUGAGUUAGGACCUGAAUUUGUAGAAAGUGGAGUAAUAUUCUAUGAAAAAAUGUUACAAAGAAAUCAAGCAUUAAGAGAAUUGAUGGGUAAAGAUGGUGAAGCUAAAUAUAGCAAGUUAGGUAAUGAGAAUUUCGCUAUAAGGCAACCUCGAAUUGCUCUUUCUCAUAGGAAACAGUAUUUUGUAGAGAAGUUAAAUGAAAUUAAAAAAGAGAAUGAAGAAAUUAAUGAAUAAUUUAAUUUAGAUUUUUUAAUUUCAAUCAUUGUAAGUAAACUAGGCGACAUUAAUUAGUGCAUGUACAGAACUUAUUUUGUUAAUAAAUUUUUUUUUGUUUU